CCCGCGGCUCCGCGGAGCAGCAGCCUCCGCCGCCGCCGCCGCCGGACCCUCCGCGUCCCCUCCCCGUCCCGCCCCUCAGUCCCAGGCGCCCCGGGCCCCCGUCACCACCCUCCUCCCGCCCCCUCUUCCUUCCCUCCCUCCUCCCUUCUCCGUUAGCCCGCAGCCCGAGCCCGGCCCGCUUGCCGGGCUGGCAGGAGGGCGGCGGCGGCACCACCAUGAGCUUUGAGGGCGGCCACAGCGGCGGCCGGCGCCGCGAGGCGGAGAGCGGGGACGCCGAGCCACCCCCGUCGCCUCCCCCGCCGCCUCCCCCGCCGCCGCCGCCGGGAGAGCCGGCUUCGGGCCCCGCGCCCCCUCGCUACCUGCCGGCGCCGCCCGCGUCCCCUGAGCGCCGCGCGGGGUCCGACGAGCCGCCAGCGGAGGUGGUCCCGCGGCACCGGGGCGCCGAGGAGCUGCCGCCGCCGCCGGCAGGGCAGGAGGUGUCGGCGGCCGGCGACUCCGGCGAAGGUCCGAGGCGCCUUCCGGAGGCGACGGUCCCCGAGGCGGCGGCAGGGAAGGGCGGCCCCGGGGAGCCCGAGGCCGGCGCGGGUGGGGAGGGCGAGCGGCGGGGCGCAGGCGACCAGCCCGAGACGCGCUCGGUGUGUAGCAGCCGCAGCAGCAGCAGCGGCGGCGGCGGCGACCAGCGCGCCGGGCACCAGCAUCAGCACCACCAGCCCAUCUGCAAGAUCUGCUUCCAGGGCGCCGAGCAGGGGGAGCUGUUGAACCCCUGCCGAUGUGACGGGUCCGUUCGGUAUACACAUCAGCUGUGCUUGCUAAAAUGGAUCAGUGAGAGGGGUUCCUGGACCUGUGAACUCUGCUGUUACAGAUACCACGUCACAGCCAUUAAAAUGAAACAACCCUGCCAGUGGCAGAGCAUUUCUAUAACACUGGUUGAGAAAGUUCAGAUGAUCGCUGUAAUUCUAGGAUCCCUGUUCUUAAUAGCGAGUGUGACCUGGCUCCUCUGGUCCGCCUUCAGCCCCUAUGCAGUGUGGCAGAGGAAGGACAUCCUUUUUCAGAUCUGCUAUGGAAUGUAUGGUUUUAUGGAUCUAGUGUGCAUAGGUCUCAUUGUCCAUGAAGGAGCUGCAGUUUACAGAGUGUUUAAGCGCUGGAGAGCUGUCAACUUACACUGGGAUGUAUUAAAUUAUGACAAAGCCACAGACAUCGAAGAAAGUAGCCGGGGAGAGUCUUCCACAAGCAGGACUUUAUGGUUGCCGUUGACGGCUCUGCGAAACAGGAACUUGGUCCACCCAACCCAGCUGACCUCCCCAAGGUUUCAGUGUGGCUACGUGUUAUUACAUCUGUUCAAUCGAAUGAGGGCCCACGAAGAUUUGUCAGAAGAUAACAGCUCGGGGGAGGUGGUGAUGAGAGUGACUUCAGUGUGACAAAGCUGAGAAGGUGCGGUGUGGACCACCCUGCACAUUUUGGAAUGUAAUUGCAAUGAAUGGCAAAACCAUAGCACUUCUAAAAACACACAUCUAUGAACUUUUUAAAAUUUAUGCUUUUUAUAUGAACAUUUGAAUUGCAAAUACAUUUUUCUGA